AUGAAGGUUACAGCCCUCUUCGUCAGCGCCUUCGUGGCCGCGUCCCUGGGCAUGCCGCUGGAGACGCUCGUCCAGCACGAGAGGCGCUCCGACGCCCACGGCGGUGCCGGGAUGGUCAAGCUUCGCGCCGCGGAGCCCUCCGCCGCCGUGCCUGUCCGUAUCGCGCUCGCCCAGCGCAACCUGGACCGUGGCAUGGAGCUGUUGCUCGCCGUGGCCGACCCGGACUCGCCCACGUACGGCCGCCACUACACGCAGCAGCAGGUCGCCGACACGUUUGCGCCGACGCAGGAGUCGAUCGACGCUGUCCGACAGUGGCUCGUGUCCGCCGGCAUCCCCGAUCGCAACGUCCAGCUUUCCCAGAACCGCGGCUUCCUCGACUUCGAGACGACCGUCGGCGGCCUCGAGGCGCUGCUGCAGACGUCGUACCACGUCUACGAGGACAAGCGGACGGCUUCACAGCACCUCGGCGCCGACGACUACCACCUGCCCGCCAGCAUCGCUGCCCACGUCGACUACGUCUGGCCGGCCGUGGCCUCGCGCAGAGUCAAGUCCGCGCCGGCGGCCGCCGUCUCGCCCAAGGACGGCACCGGGUCGCUGACCCCGGAGGAGAUCAAGGCGAUUAAGGCUGACCCGCUGACUGACUGCACCAAGUACGUGACGCCUGCCUGCAUCGCGGCCAUGUACAACAUUCCGCCCGCCCCCAGGACGGUCAGCCCCAAGAACGCGCUCGGCGUCUUCGAGAUUGACUACGAGAUGUACAAGCAAUCCGACCUCGACCUGUUUUACGAGACGGUCGCCCCGGACAUCCCAAAGGGCACCGGUCCCAAGGUGGACCUGAUCGACCUGGCCAGCGCCCCGUCGCCCGACCAAGCCGGAGGCGAGGCGGCCAUGGACUUUGACAUGGCCAUCCCGAUCAUCUACCCGCAGGCCACUGAGCUGUACCAAGUCAAGGAAGGGUUCCAUCAAUUUCUCGAGGCCGUCGACAGCAGUUACUGCGACAAAGGCACGUCGGAUGACUGCGGCACCUUCACGCCGACCACUGUCAUUUCUUUCUCGUGGGGAGGCGAGGAGGACCCCAGAACCGUACCCGAGACCAAGGCAAGUUAG